AUGCCCUCCAACAUCAAGUCCAGUCGACCCAAGCGAAAGAGUGCUGUUCUAGCGCCUCCCAAGCCAUUGACUGGCUGUGGGAGAUGCCUGUUUGGACCCGAGAAAGAUGGCUCCCCUGAUGUUUAUGAGGAUCUCAUCACCUGCUACGACUGUCGAAAAAGCUGUCGCGCCCCAAAGCAGACAACAGCUCAACUUGCAACAACGCCAACAACCAUCGACACCACAUCUCCACCACCAAUCAAGAAAUCACACAAGAAGAUGGUCAGAUCAGAAUCCGGCCAACGACAGCUCACCUUGGCAACAACAAACGGGAAACUGACCGUGCGAGCCGCAGCAGCAGCAGCAGCAGCAAUCGCCGCAGUGUCAGAACCAGUAAAGCCUGAGAAGGUUGUCAAGAGAGGUCGUGGCAGGGGACGCAAACAACUCGAGGAGGCAAGACGGGCCCAGGAGUUACUCAAACUCGAAGAUUCUGAGGACCAGGAAAGCGUCUUGACAUCAGAGCAUGAAGAAGUCGAGGAGGCUGAGGAGACAGAAUCUGAAGCCGUACCUAUGUUUGGACCUAAUAUCACUGGAGAGGACGCGGAUAUCUCCUACACCACGCCGGACACUCAUGACAAGGUGUUGUUCGAAAAGAGUCGGGACCUGGCAGAGAAACUUGUCAAGAGCUCUUCGAGUCUUGCAGCAGAAUCGUCAUUCUCUCAUUCAGCACCGGUGACGGCCAUCAAGAAAAUUCACUUUGGCGACUGGGAGAUUGACACCUGGUAUGUGGCGCCUUACCCGGAGGAGUACAGUCAGCAACCCAUCCUGUAUAUAUGCGAGUUCUGUCUCAAGUACAUGAAGAGCUCCUUCAUGGCUGGCCGGCACAGGCAAAAAUGUGUGAUGCGGCACCCACCGGGGGACGAGAUCUAUCGCGAGGGCAAUAUUUCGAUUUUCGAGGUCGACGGGCGCAAGAACAAGAUCUACUGCCAAAACCUCUGUCUGCUUGCGAAGAUGUUCCUGGACCACAAGACACUCUACUACGACGUCGAGCCAUUCCUCUUUUAUGUCAUGACAGAGUCUAAUGAACUGGGUUGCCACUUUGUGGGCUACUUUUCCAAGGAGAAACGAUCGGCCAUGGACUAUAACGUCUCUUGCAUCUUGACGCUCCCUAUUCACCAACGGAAAGGCUAUGGAAACCUGCUGAUCGACUUUAGUUAUCUUUUGACAAAGCGGGAGAACAAGACUGGAUCCCCCGAGAAACCCUUGUCAUCGCUCGGACUUUUGUCUUAUAGGAGUUACUGGAAAUCUGUUCUCUUUCACCGCCUACUCGCCAUCCACCGCUCAGACAACCCCAAACAUCGCGUUUCACUGGACGAACUCAGCCUGGAGACCGCCAUGACUAUCGACGACAUUGUCACGACCCUGCAAACCAACAAUAUGAUCCGCGCUAUACCCCCGCCCAAAUCCCAGGACUCCAAAUCCAAGGGCAAAAACCAUCGCUACCGUUCUGCCUCUGUUCCGCCUUUGCGCCAUGAAAUCGUGGUGGAUUGGAAGGAGGUCGAGGCCUAUUGCCACAAGAUCGCUCAGAAGGGUCAUGCUGUCAUCAAUCCGGCAAAGCUGAAGUGGGCCCCAUUCCUGCUUCAGCGUGGUCUCAUGGCGUCGCAACCUCCAGAGUCUGGCAUCAAGCAGGACGACUUGAGCGAUGAUGAUGACAUUUCGCUGCCUCAAACGACUGCGCUCAGGACGAUAGCCAGGAGGCCAGGCCGUCAACGAGGCCGUGGAAGGAGGCCCGGAGCCGGACGCGGUAGACCGCCCAAAGUAAGACCCACACCCGAGCCGGGUACGGUCGAUGAACACGACAAGCUCACCGUCGAUACCCAGGAUAUUAUCCAGGUUGAUACGCCCAUGAAGAGUCCUCCCCUGGAGGACAAGGCCCGCUCCAUGGAUGUCGAUACCUAUUCCGGUCUGGAAGAGACGAGGGAGUCCUACUCGACUGAUCAAUCCAAGGCCGCAACAGCAACCACCCGCUUUCACAAGGCCAAGUUAGUGGUACGUGCAGGGACUUCACAGUUGGCAACUCCCUCCGGAGUCACGAACGGAAAGAGGUCCAACAAGGAAAGCGCUUCCGACAAGGACGAGUCGGCGUCAUCUCUCUCGACCCCAGAGGUGCUCAAGAUCCAGACCAAGGAACUAAAGUCGCGCGCGUCCGCCAGGCCUAUCAAGGGGAUCAAAUCUGUGGACGGUGAACAGGACAAAGACAAUGACAACGAGGAUGACGACGGUCUUGGAGAUGACCUUUCAUCGGCGGCAUCACUUUCCUUGGUCGGAUCGCCUCUGUCAUCGUCCUCUCUCUCUGCUGCCUCUUCACCCUCUUCUGCCGUUUCACCGACUCUUCCGGUCAACCACGAGCCCGAACUGGAUUCGGCAGAUGUUCAGACAGCCAACGACCUUGACCAAGAGGCGCAGGUUCAAGAAUGGGAGAGCAUGCGGCGCAAAGCCAGUUCUGAUGUCGAUUUGGAGGAAACCUCAAAUGACAAGCAGCCCAUCGAAGUCCAGGAGCAGGAUGCCACUAGCCCUAUGGAGAUCGACGAGGUGGCGCCCGUUUCGGAGGAUCAGACCGACGUCAAGAGCCUCGCUGUCAACGAUCCUGCUAGUCCUGCAACAGAUGCGGAGGAUCAGGAGGAAGGUGGAGAUGAGGACGCUGACUCUGAAGCUGACAACGAUGGCGAUGACGAGAAGGGUGAGGCAGGGAAGGUCGAGGAGAAUGAAGAAAAGUACGACAACGAGGACGAUGCUACUCAGUCCGAUAACGAUGAAGAGUCGGCCACAGAGAGCGGCGAUGACGAUGAAGGCAUUCCUGGCCCCGCAGAUGCGAAGGAGGAUGACCAAGUCAUCGCCGUUGACGAUGAUUCCGAGGAGGAAGGCUCCAUUGACGAGGAGGGUUCUAAUGAUGAAGACGAUGAGAACAACCUGAGCGCUGAGGAUGACAAAGAUGCCGAGAGUCAUGAAUCAGAGACCUCUGAUGUCGAGGUCGAAGAAGUUGGUGACGACGACGAACACGAUGAGGACGAUGAAGACGAGGUCGAAGACGAGGUCGAAGUGGAGGAUGAAGAAGAAGAGCAAGAGGUUGUCGAGGCGGAGGAGGAUGAUGAUGCCGAUGAUGCCGACGAUGAUGUAGACGCCAAUGGCAGUGGUGAGGAAGAGGAGGAGGAAGAGGAGGAUGAACACGGUGGCGAUGAGGAGGAAGCGCUGGAGGAGAUGGACGAAGAGGAGCACGAUGAAGGAGAUCAGGAUGACGAUGAGCCUGAAGAAGAACAGGAGGAGGAGGAAGAGGACGAGGAAGAGGACGAGGACGAGGACGAGGAAGACGAUGCUGACGCGGAGGUUGCUGAAGUCACAGGCGGCGGCGACGACAAUGAUGCAGAGGAAGAGGAGGAGGAAGAGGAAGAGGAAGACGAAGAGGAGGAGGAAGAGGAGGAGGAGGAGGAGGAAGAGGAGGAAGACGAGUAA